AUGAUAAAGAAUUCAUAAUUAUUGACUAUACUUUUAUUUUUUUAUUGGUUUAUAGGCACAAAUUAAAUUUGUUUGAAUAAAUAUAAUUAAAUGUUAUCAAUAAUCAGAGGAAAUUACAAGAAUGUUUUACACUUAAUGAAUGGCGCAAUCAUAUCAUCAAGAAAAUAAAAUGGUUUUUUAGGAGAUAAUCAUGGUAGCUGUCUUAAUGAUGCUAUUUAUAGAAUAACUAAUUAUACUUGGAACUUGACUGGAAAUUCAAUCAUUUUUGAGCUAAUUCAAACAUAUGAACUAAAUACUUUAAAACUCUGGUUUUGGGAUGGUGACAACAGAAUUUACAGAUUUAAUAUAUACAUAAUAAAUGAGACAUAAGAAAGUUUGAUUUAUGAUAGUACAUCAAACAGUAUAUUUACUUUAACAUUUACCGAUUAAUUUGUUAAAGGAUUUCGAAUAUUAAAUGUGAGUGGGAAUACCAUUGAUUAAGGUGUGCAUCUCUUAAAGGUAGAGGCUUAUUACUAUAAUUCAAAAUCAGAUAAUAAAAUAUGA